AUCGGAUCUUCAAGGUGAACGUUGAAUGGGCAUAGCCAGUGGCAGGAGGAGAUUGACUUCGAAAGAAGAGGUGCGAGCAACUACCGUAAUUUGCAUCUCAUGUAUUUGGGAAUCCAAUCCAGCGUCACUGCGUGAUCCAGCCGCACGCAACAUUGCGGCACCCGCAACUUGUCAAGCUCGAGGCAGUUUGAAAGCACACGUUCAUGGCGCUGAAGAAAGCCACUGCUCCUGCCUCCAUUCUUGACUUGGAUCCCGAUUGUUUGGAACGGAUCUUCAACCUUAUCGGUGGACGCCCCAGGGAUGUAGCGCCUCUUGCUGCGGUGUGCACUCAGUUGCGCGCCUAUGCAGAGAACAGCUUUUGGAGGGAUAAGUGCCUGCAACUGGCCAGCAGCCUCUGUGAGGACCUUGGGUACAACGGUGUGAAUACUCCCCCCAGCGGUUGGCUUGGCCUGUUCAAACUCCUAACGUACUGCCCCGGCCUCUACCCCACCCUUAAGCACGCUGUUGUCAUGGACGACAUAGAGUGGAACGGCCACGGCUGGUGGGAGUACCUGGGGCAUGUGCAGAGGAGAAGCGCCGAGUUUCGUUGGCUCACUGGGGAAGAAGCGGUCGCCAGCCUGCAGCUGCAGGCUGCCUUUGCAAAGGACGAGUUCCUGGUCUCGGAGCUGUGCUACCAUAGCUUGUCAGAUGACAGGGAUAUUGAGCCGACGGGAAGAGGGAUCCCUGCCAAGUGCUUUGGGGCUAGGGGCAUUGUGAAAGACUUCGCAGAGUCUGAGAUCGCAAAAGCCAUGGACGUGGGGCCCCCUUCUCAAGGCAGCGGAAAGACUGUGGUGCCACUGGUAGACUCAGUCUGUCCUUACUGCGCGAAACCCCUUUUCAAACUGGAUGUCUUCUGUGAAGGCGCGUGCGUUGAGGGGUGCGUUUGUGCGGAGGGGCAUUUGCUGCUCGGAGUCACAGGCCAAGAGCCUGCGGAAGCUUUAGGAUUUGCGACCAGGCAAGGCUCACAGAAGGGGACCGAGAUUGGGCAAUCGGGAGCUGCCAAAUUCAUGUGCAAGCACCUUCCGAAGCCCGACAAGGUUGGCACCUUGCAAGAAGGGGCGGAGUUCCUUCAAGACUUGGACUUGACGAGACUCGUCCAAGUUGCGGGGCGGUUGACAAGCAUUCUGACGCCUUUGGAGGAGCGCGGCUACUAUGACCGUGCGAAGGAUCACAACUCCCGGCCCCCGUGGGUGCCGCUCGAACUGUAUGCAUUGAACCAGUUCUUGAGGAAGUCGGAAGCGGACUGGACGAAGCUUUUUGACGCGAUUCUUACGGGGCAGACGGACCCCCAAGUGGAGAUGACGGCGGUUAUCACCAGGAAGGAGCGCAGGGAAGCGCUCGACGCAGCCUCCUUACAUGGCUGGUUUUCCUACCGGCAUGUCCGCCACCCGGAAUCCGUCGAGGAAUAUCUGCAAGGCGGGGACCUCUCAGCGGAGGACGUACUGCACCUGCAAAAGACCACAAAAAGGCCACCAAUACUAUCCACAUGGUAGAUGUCUGUAGGGCUUUCAAAGCUUGACUUGGGGGAAGAAAGUCAUCCAUUUAUGUAGGCGUGAGCGUCUAUAAACAUAUCCAGAAAUUAUACUACUAGUCGCCGAGUCGGUUCAAGAUCCUCUAGGACUUUGUACUCUCCCAGCUCAGUCGCGUGAGUGCAAGAGAUGCGCGCAGGCGGACAUGGGUGUCUUACUUGGCAAGGCCUCGAGCCCGUCAUGGAUUAUUACGGUUG